CGCAUUUUUUGUUAAAUUUUGUCUCCGCUACUAGAAGAAUACAUAACGGCGUCGUUGCAGUAUCUUCCCUCAAAACCCAAAACCCUAACUCCAUCAGAACCAAAACCCUAAAGCCAAAAACCACCAGGAGACAGACCAAAUUUGAGCUCCUUCAAUGGCGGAACCCCAAAUCUCCAAGACGUACCCUGUGAAACCCAAGCACAAACCUAAGCCCCGAACCCCAAAACAAACCGCAGAAUCCAAAUACUGGUCCUCCUUCAAAACCAAGCAAAUCCCAGACCUCAUCUCCUCCAUAACCUCCCUAACCUUCUCACCCACAACCCCACACUCAUUUGCUGCGGCGCACUCGGCCUCUCUCACCCUCUACAAUCCCCAAAACAAAUUUUCACCCACCGCCACCAUCUCCUCCUUCCGCGACGUCGUUUCCUCUGCCUCGUUCCGAUGCGAUGGUCUCCUCAUCGCCGCCUCAGACCUCUCGGGCCUCGUCCAAGUAUUCGACGUCAAAACCCGAACCCCACUUCGCAAGCUUCGUUCCCACACCCGCCCAGCCCGUUUCGUCAAAUUCCCAGUUGCCGAUAAGCUCCAUUUGGUUUCCGGCGGCGACGACGCAAUCGUUAAGUACUGGGACGUCUCCGGCGAGACCCCAAUUUGCGACUUGCUGGGCCACAAGGACUAUGUCAGGUGCGGCGAUUGCUCACCGGUUAGUACGGACAUGUUCAUAACUGGGUCUUAUGAUCACACAGUGAAGCUUUGGGAUGUAAGAGUUAAGGAUUCUGGGUCAGUAAUGGAAGUGAAUCAUGGCAAGCCGGUUGAGGACGUAAUUUUCUUGCCAUCCGGGGGGUUAAUUGCAACAGCUGGUGGCGAUUCUGUGAAGAUUUGGGAUUUGAUGGGAGGUGGAAAAAUGGUGUAUUCAAUGGAGAGCCAUAACAAGACUGUGACUUCGAUUUGUGUUGGAAAACUUGGGAAGGAUGGUGGGGAAGAAGCACAGCAGUACAGGAUUUUGAGUGUAGCAUUGGAUGGUUAUAUGAAGGUGUUUGAUUAUGCCAAAAUGAAAGUUACUCAUUCCAUGAGGUUCCCUGCUCCCCUCAUGUCAUUAGCGUUUUCGCCGGAUUGUUUGACCAGGGUUAUUGGGACUUCGAAUGGGACAAUAUACGCUGGGAGGAGGAAAAACAAGGAAGAUUUUGAGGGUGGCUCUGAUGAGGAGCUAGAGAGGCCGCUUUCCAAGUAUGAGAGGAGGCAAAAGAAGCUGAAGGCGUUAAGCUCCGGGGAUGCUGGGGGAUUGGGACCUGUGGAGGAACCACAGGUUCGGGUUUUGAAGCCUACUAAUUUUCGGUAUUUCCACAGAGGGCAAGGAGAGAAGCCAUCCGAGGGGGAGUAUUUGGUAAUGAGACCAAGGAAAGUGAAAUUAGGUGAGCAUGACAAACUGUUGAAGAAAUUUAGGCACAAGGAAGCUCUAGUGUCUGUGUUGGGUAGUAAGAAUCCGGAGAAUGCUGUGGCUGUGAUGGAGGAAUUGGUAGCAAGGAAGAAAUUGCUGAAAUGUGUUUCGAAUUUGGAUUCAGAGGAGCUCGGAUUGUUGCUGAUGUUUUUGCAGAAGCACUCGACCGUCCCUAGUUACUCAGGGUUGUUGAUGGGGUUGACAAAGAAGGUUCUAGAGAUGAGGGCAGAAGACAUUAGAGCUUCUGAUGAUUUGAAGGGUCAUAUUAGAAACCUUAAAAGGUCUGUUGAGGAGGAAAUACGAAUACAACAAUCAUUGCAAGAGAUACAGGGUAUAAUUUCUCCUUUGUUGAGGAUCACGGGAAGAAGAUGAAACUUGAUUGCUUUUUUUCAAUUUUCAUGAGUCAAAUUAUCUUAUGUUUUUUACUUAUUACCUGCCUGAGGUUUCUUCUUAUCAUGGCAAGACAGUAUCUGCAAUUUUGUUUCUUUGGAAUCUACUCUGAAUGUUGUUUCUUUUAUGGUGUUUAAAGUAAUCUCAGUUUUAAUGACAAGAAAUGUUGACUCAUGUUAAGUAUACUAUUCACAUCUCAUACUUUGUCUUAAAUUUGCUUAGUGAGUUGUUUAUCCUUGGGGAUAUAAUCCGCAGUUCAUCAGAAGGUUAGGUCAAGUUACGGAACAUGACAUGAAAUGCUGUAUUUAUAUCCUUCGGGAUAUAAUCCGCAGGGAUGCGUACAUAUAACCGUGUUCGUAUCUCAUCUUGUAGUAGCUACAAUGUGAUGAGUUAUGCAUGCUUGUCAAUUUUAUUGCUUUGAUGUUUGUAACCUACUACUACAGGUGACAAAAAUUCCUAAGACAUUUUCGACCUUGACAAGUUACAUGAAAACUUUCAUUCCUUCGCUUGUGAAUGAAAAGCUUAAUUCAAUUGGUGAACAUGUGGAGUUUUGCAUGGUAAAUUUGUACACUCACUUACCAACUUCUUGCAUUUCACAAGAGGUUGUGGCAGACAUGAUUGGAGCUUUGGAUUUGCUCAAUUCUCUUUAAUCUUUACUUCGUGAGGUUGGUUUUGCUAAUGAAAGGUCACAAUUAGUUCUAAAAGAUUGUCUUUGUAAACUGAGGUCACUUCAUAAAUUUUGUGUUCCUAAUUUGAAAAUUUUGGAGAAAAUAAGGAAAUUCUGCUUGGCAAAUGCUUCCUUAAUAUUUUGCACCGUGUCAAGCUCUGCUAAAUUGCAGACAGAGAAAAAGGCACCCCUGGAUUUGUUAGUGAUUGAUGAAGCUGCUCAGCUUAAAGAAUGUGAAUCAGCAAUUCCUUUGCAACACCCGGGUCUUCGCCAUGCUGUUCUCACAGGAGAUUAGAGCAACUCCCUGCUAUGGUUAUAAGCAAGAUCUCCAAGAAGGCUGGUUUUGGAAGAAGUUUGUUCGGAAGACUUCUACUGUUGGGACAUGAGAGGCACCUUCUCAAUGUCCAGUAUAGAAUGCAUCCAUCAAUCAGCUUAUUCCCAAAAAUGGAGUUUUACAACAACCGGAUAUUAGACAGUCCAAAUGUCAAGCAAGGAAGCUAUGAGAAGUGCUUUCUUUCAGGAAAAAUGUACGGAUGCUACUCCUUUAUAGAUGUAGCCAAUGGACAAGAGGAAUUUGAUCGCGGGCAUAGUCGGAAAAAUAUGGUUGAGGUUGCUGUGGUCUGUGAAAUUGUUGCAAGCCUUUACAGAGAUAAUUGUUGCUGUAUUCUAGUGUAGAUGUUCUUAACUGCUUCAGUUAUGCUUGUGAUGCUUGGAAGGUUUUUCUGUAACUUUUUUUAUGGGCCACAGAAUUUAUUCGAACAAAAAAGGAGGUUAGCGUUCUGGUAAUAUCACCUUACAAAGCUCAAGUUAAUGUAAUUCAAGAGAGAGUAAAAGAAUACAGUGGAGUUUCUGGCACUGAUGGAUUCUCUGUAAGUGUUCAAUCUGUUGAUGGUUUCCAAGAUGGUGAAGAUGAUGUGAUAAUUAAUAUUAUCUCCACAGUCAGAUGGAAUGAGAAAGGAUAUGUAGGUUUCAUUUCCAAUCUUCAAAGAGCAAACGUGAUGCUAACGCAGUUGUCACAUUGCAGUUGUACAUGUAGUAGCUUAGGUGUACUGUCUGAAUUUUUGGUGCUUCUGAUGAAGUUGAUUUGUUUC